UCUUUACACCCAUUAUCUCACUCCGAUCCGCCCUUCUGGUUUCCUUGUUUGUUACUUGAAUUUAUGUCUUAAUAUUGGGGCAAAUCAUUACUUGCACUCUUUCGCUCGUUUCAGUCCUUCUCCACAUAUUCUGCCCUUGUUAGACCGAUCCUCAUCCCUUCAUUGACACGUUUACUUUGCGCGUUUAGACAGUAUAUAGAUUUCUUUAGACGUUACAGAUAUUUUCCUACGCACAGAUGCUCAUUUCUGCCGCUAUGAUACCCCCCGUCCGCCGCAUCGUUGUGCUCUGCGUAUCCGCUACGUUUCUCUUCCUCGCAUUCCGCCAGCUCAAUGCCCGAAUUGAGCUUCCAUCGCCCUCCUCCACAUCAUCCAGUCGAAUUGAGCAUCCGUUAAAAUGGAAGGACAUUCCGCUACGCCAUCCUGUCGCGUCGAUGAUCUCGUUACCCACGGGCAAACCUAUUUCAAUACCGCGACUACAACACGAGUUCGGCAUUGAGACGGAGAACAAUAAGGCAGAGAGGCUACACAGACAGGCUGCUGUGAAGGAGGCAUUCUUACAUACCUGGAAAGGGUAUAAGCAAUAUGCCUGGCUACAAGACGAGGUCACUCCGGUAACAGGAGGCUUCAAGAACGGCUUUGGGCAACGCGGCGCUACGUUGGUAGAUGCCUUGGAUACACUUAUCAUCAUGGGAUUAGAAGAAGAAUUUGAGGAGGCUCUCAAAGCUCUCAAGAAGAUUGAUUUUACGACUGCGGGAGUCACUCGUUUGAACGUGUUUGAGACGACGAUCAGAUAUCUUGGGGGCCUUUUGAGCACAUACGACUUGAGUAACGCAAAACAUCAUGUGUUGUUGCACAAAGCCACCGAGCUAGGAGAUAUGCUAUACGCAGCUUUUGAUACGACAAACCGAAUGCCGAUCACACGUUGGGACUGGGAAGCUGCUGCCUUAGGAAGCCACCAAGCCGCUGAUCCACAAGCGCUCGUCGCUGAGUUAGGGUCAUUGACUCUUGAAUUCACCCGUCUUUCGCAGCUCACUGGAGACCCGAAAUAUUUUGAUGCCGUGCAGAGGAUCUCCGACCUACUGGAGAAACAUCAACAGCGAACCAAGAUACCUGGACUGUUUCCUGUUCUUGUUAGUCCUCUCCGUGAGGAGUUUGACGUCGGCGAAACCUUCACCAUGGGCGGUAUGUCUGAUUCGCUGUACGAAUACUUUCCCAAGCAGUAUCUGCUCCUUGGUGGGCUCUCAGAACAGUACCGGAAUCUUUACGACAAUGCCAUUGAGGCUGCCAAACAACACUUGUUUUUCCGCCCAUUAAUCCCCCAGGACCAGAACAUCCUCAUAUCUGGCGACGCACGAAUCAGUUCCGCUGGAUCAGCCAAAAUAGAACCGGACGGCCAACAUUUGACUUGCUUUGCUGGCGGUAUGGUCGCUCUUGCUGCAAAGGUUUUCAAUCGUACGGAUGAGCUGGACGUCGCUCGCAAACUUGUCGACGGUUGCAUUUGGGCGUACGAUUCUAUGCCCAUGGGCAUUAUGCCGGAGACGUUCAAAACGAUUCCGUGCUACAGCGAUGAGGAUUGCGCGUGGGACAUCAAGAAGUGGCACACGGCGGUCAAGGAUGCAUACUCAGCUGACUACAACACGCUACAAUGGGACGUCCCCGAUAUCAUCGAAGCAGAUGGUCUGCAACCUGGGUUCGCCAAGAUUGGGGACCCGCGAUACUUACUACGUCCUGAAGCCAUUGAAUCCAUCUUCGUCCUCUACCGCAUAACAGGUGACUCUACUCUACAAGAUACCGCCUGGCGCAUGUUCGAAGCCAUCAACAACGCCACCAUGACCGAAAUUGCGCACUCGGCCAUUGCUGACGUCACACUUCCACAGGGGAAGGAGACAAAAAAGUUGGACCAAUGCGAGAGCUUCUGGGUGGCGGAGACGUUGAAGUACUUUUAUCUGAUAUUUAGUGAACCGGGGCUUGUGAGCCUAGAUGAAUAUGUAUUUAAUACGGAGGCACACCCGCUGCGCAGGCCGCAGGCGGUACAAAAGUAACAUGCUAUUAUAGAUGUCUCGAUGUGUGGGGAACUUAUCGUCGAUAUCACGAGGAUAGGGAAGUAUCUAGUCGGUGCUAGGAGACGAAAUGUUCGAAAAACUUGCAGCAUUUACCGAGCCAACAUCGAACGAAGCGUAGCAUCCUAAGUGUAAAUAUAUACUAAGCUGUGUAACCACGCAGGUCCAAGCAACCAUGUUGCAGUAUCAACAUACCAUUACCUUCACAAAUAUAUCCACUACGUACGUGGUCUUCCAAAUGGUCGACGAGGCACCUAGAGCUUAGUCCGAAGCACAC